UUCUUUGCCCCCAAAAAUGUUUGUCUUAAUCAUUAAAAAGCAAGGUUUCCUGGACACAGAUGCGGAGAUUUAUCUUUUUUCUUUUUCUUUCUCUCUCCCAUUUUGUAGGGAGCUGAAGGCUUCAGGGGAACCCUGACCUAGGGACAUCUCAAUGGCCCUGGGAGAAGAAAAGGCAGAGGUGGAGGCAUCCGAGGACACAAAGGCCCCGUCCUGUGGGAGGUGGAGCUGCAGGGAGCAGGAGGUGGGCACCCCAAGGCCCGUGAGCGGGGAGCAGCCGCCACGCCUGGAAGCUGAGGGAGGGCCCGCUUCCCCUGUGUGGCAGGUGGAGGGGCUGCCUGUCCCUGCCUGCUGCGGCGGGGCUAGCCCUGGCCCCUCUGGAGCCUGCCAGCCGCAGGCCAACGAUGCCAGCAGGGAGCCCGGUGGAUCUCAGCCUGCUCUCAGUUGCCUGCGUCCUCCUGCCAGCGUGGGGACUGGAGAGCUUUUGCCCUCUGUGGGAAGCCAGAUGGAGGAGACCAGGCUUUCUGCCUCAGAGGAGCUACCUCAGACUCUCAGCGUUCCCAGAGCCACAGCUCUUCGCUCAGGACAUGAUGCUGAUACUGAAGAUGACCCGUCCCCACUUGAGUCGCCUCGGGUACUGGACCUCAGCCAACAACCUCACAUCUCAGGUUUCCCUUUCUCGUCAAGGUGGAGGUCCGUGGUGAGCCCAGGUGCCACUGCUCAGUUUUCCAGCUGCAGCGGCUCUGCCUCAUCCCCCGGCAGCAGUCUCCAGGGUCACCGAGAUAAGGCAGAGCCUCAAAGUUGCUCCCUUGCCAAGGUCUCCUCCUCCCUGGAGCUGGUCGUCCCCCAGCCAGCCCCCUCUGUGGUGGGGCCAGGGCCUCGGCUCCAGUGGUCAUCACAGCCUGUGUCCUCUGGGGGUGAUGCUUCUGGGCCGGGCAGGAGGCGCCUCUCCUUCCAGGCAGAGUACUGGGCCUGCGUGCUGCCAGAUUCCCUGCCCCCUUCCCCUGACCGCCACUCUCCCCUCUGGAACCCGAAUAAAGAGUACGAAGACCUGCUGGACUAUACUUACCCACUGAGGCCCAGGCCUCAGCUCCCAAAGCGCCUUGACAGCCACAUGCUGGCUGACCCUGUCCUGCAGGACUCAGGUGUAGACCUGGAUAGCUUCUCUGUCUCCCCAGCAAGCACCCUGAAGUCACCCACUAAUAUCUCCCACAAUUGCCCUCCAGCAGAGGCCACUGCCCUGCCAUUCUCUGGGCCCAGAGAGCCAAGCCUUAAGCGGUGGCCCUCUGGAAUACCCCCGAAGCAGGGCAGUGUGGGGUUGGCGUCGUGUAGCCUGCUCGCAUCUACCCCCAGAGCCCCAGGCAGUAGGGACACUCCUUGGGAGAGCAGAGAGCCAGCCCUGAGGGGCAUGAGGGACUGGCUGCCUGUGGGCAAGCACCUUGAGGUGGACUCUCCCCAGCUAAAGACAUGGGAUGGAGGGUGGCCUUCACCUAGGCCAGGAAUAGAGAAGGGGGCCAGCCAGAGUAUCCGGCGCCCUGCCUGCAUGGAGUCUGGAUGGAAAUCAGAGGAGGAGGUGGAAAGCGACGACGAGUAUCUUGCCCUGCCCACUCGGCUGACGCAGGUUUCUAGCUUGGUUUCAUAUUUAGGUUCUAUUCCUACUGUAGUGACCCUGCCCACCGGGGCUCCCAAAGGGCAGAGCUCUCUGGACAUGUCGGACAGUGAUGAGCCAGCUUCCCUCCCAUCGGACUCCAGCCAAAGCCAGCUUCCCUCUGGGGCUGCCCUCAGAGGGUCCGGGGACCCUGAGAGCCAGAACCACUGUUUGCUGCGCUCCUUCGUCUAUGCAAGGGCCUCUGCAGGAGCAGGCGGUCUGGGGAGCAGCCAGGACCUGGGGGUCUCCUCUGGACCUCUGAGAACACGUUCCUCCUUGCCAGCUAUGUUGGACCGGCGGGCGUUCUCCAACGCAGAUGCUGAAGGGCAGCUUCCCAGGCGAGGAGGAGAGCAGGGAAAAGAACCGCUCGUGCAGUGUGUGAAGACAUUCUGCUGUCAGCUAGAAGAGCUGAUCCGCUGGCUGUAUAAUGUAGCAGAUGUUACCGACCACUUGACUCCACCCAAGUCCAGUCUUACAGGUCUCAGGUCGUCUCUGCAGCUUUACCGGCAAUUUAAGAAAGAUAUAGAUGAACACCAGUCCCUGACGGAGAGUGUCUUACAGAAAGGAGAGAUUCUUCUUCAGUGCCUGCUGGAUAAUACUCCAGUGUUAAAGGAUGUCCUCAGGAGGAUCUCGAAGCAGCCCAGUGAGCUAGAGAGCCACGCAGAUCACCUGUAUGACACUAUCUUGGCCUCUCUGGACAUGCUGGCUGGCUGUACCCUCAUCCCUGACAACACGCCAAUGGCACACAGGAGCACCGAUGUGAAGGGGAUUAGCCUGGCAUCUUCUCAGGCAGAGAUGUAAUCUGUCAGCCAAAAUCUGGCUGGUGGGAAACUUUCAGGAAGUCCUUGUAAGAGCCAUUUAACACUGAAAUCAAGGGGGAAACUUAACUAAUGUACUAGCUUUAAAAUGCCUUUCUCUUCCCUGAA